AAUUACAUCAGAUAUGUGAAUUUUACGAGUAGUUUAACCAGAUCUUUCACCAUUGUCGUUUGCAACAAUAAUCAUUGAGUCAAUACAGACAAUCAUAAACCAUCAUAGACGGUUAAUAGAAAUCACAAUAUGGCAACGGUAGAAACGUCAUCUAAAAAGGCCAAAGCGUCACCUAAAAAGACAUCAAAAUCAAAACGGAAUGAACCAAAACCUCCACCAACUCCAGAAGUCAUACGAAUGGCUGAAAAAGUUACGAAAAUAUACCCUGAUAUUCAUUUCCCCCCUCAAUUACCUGAUGAUUUUGAAUUACUUUCCACCAUCAGGUACGAUCCGAAAUUAACCAUGCUUCAACCAAUGGCAUAUUCUGAGAUUGUGAUUGAUAAUUUCUUCCUUUUACAAGAUCAUAUUGAUAGAUUGAAAUAUACCAUUGAAUUUUUCCAACACAUAUAUGAUGACUUACCAGACAAGGAAUUUGAAAUCACAGGUGAAUUCCUUUGUCAACAAUUAAUCACUGCUAUACAAUUACUGGAAAAACCGGUAUUCCUCGCUUUAAAAAUACGAUUAUUAAUGAAAUUAACAGGUGAAGUCCGUAUUGAAGUUCAUGAUACUCCAUAUAGAGGGAAUCUAUUGGAUGGGAUUGGGGUGCAGAUCUUAGAGGGGAAUCUUGACUUACCUUCAUUAGAAGAUAAUGUGGUAUGGGAUGUUUAUAUUGAUAAAACUUUCACUUUAAUAUCUGCAUUCACUUCAUUCAAAACUACUACUCGUCAAGUAUAUACUGAAGCUCGACAACGAACCUUACCUGGUUUAAGAUCUACGGAAGAAGUUUUAAUGUAUAAUCCUCAAAGUAAUUUAACGGAAGGGUCUAUUACCAAUAUUGCGAUCAAAGAUUUAAAAACAGGUCAUUGGGUUACACCUUUAUUAUCAUCAGGUUGUUUAUGUGGAGUAAUGAGAAGUUUUCUAUUACGGAAAGGGUUCAUACGAGAAAGAUUAAUUAAACUUAAUGAAAUAACUAUAGGUCAAGAGAUUUUAUUAUUUAAUGGUAUAAUGGGAGUUGUUAAAGGUAAGAUAGUUGGGUAAAUUGAAUUAAAUU